CCCGGACUAAGCACUGCAGGGAGAGGACACUCGGCUGCCUUGGGCCUCGGCUUGUCUCUCUCCGCGCACUUCACUGCGCCCCUUCCUUCGUACUACUUGAGGGUCAUGCUCUGGUCCGGGGGCGCCCAGCGUUUUCUCGGGCCCCACGGCACUUUCCUCGCCCAGCCACGCACCCUUGUGCACCCCUGCGCGCCGGGGCCAGGUGGUGGAGGCCGUGGAGGGCCUGGCCGUUGAUUGGCUGUUGCGACCGCGGGGCGGGGCAGGUGGGCGACGCCUGACCUCUGCGGACCUAACUGUCUUUCCCGCCAUGUCGUUCGUGGAGAGUGGGAGGCGCCCAGCCCCUUCUCGCCGCCGUCUAGGCACUGCUGUCCCGUUUGAUCAACCGGCGUUUUCCGCUUUCACUCAGGGAGACAGCUGGGGUGAGGGUGAAGUCGACGAGGAGGAGGGAUGCAACCGAGUGGCCCGUGACCUGCGGGCGGAGUUCUCGGCCGGGGCGUCAUCGGAACCUAGAAAGGACUCGCUACUCCGGCCAGAUGGGGACGGGUCUCCCGCCCUGCCCGAUAAACGCAAUGGUAUUUUCUCGGCGGAUGCGGGCGGCAGAGCCCAAGCCCGGCGCUGGCCGGUUCAGGUCCUCUCAGUUCUCUGUUCGCUGCUGUUUGCCAUCCUCCUCGCCUUCCUUCUCGCUAUCACCUACCUGAUCGUAAAAGAGUUACAUGCUGAAAAUUUGAAGAAUGAAGAUGAUGUACACACUGGACUGUUAGGAUUCUGGACUCUACUUAUAAUAUCCCUAACUGCCGGAUUCUCCUGCUGCAGCUUUUCUUGGACAGUGACUUAUUUUGAUUCUUUUGAACCAGGAAUGUUUCCUCCUACUCCUCUUUCACCUGCCAGGUUCAAGUAAUGCUGUCUACAGAACUUUACUUAGCACACUGUGUGACUAGACACAUCUUUGAGGACAACAUUGAUUCUUGCUUACUUCUCUGUCUCCCAUAUAUAAUGCCUGAUAUAGGAAAUUCAUACUGUAAAUUUUGGUGAAGUAAAAUAAUGGAAAGAAAGUUAAGAAAAUUAUAAAAUAAAGAACUUUAGAGUAUAAAGGGUGAAUGUAAUAUAUGUUUUUUUCUAAAUGAGAGAUAUAGCAUUUCCUCAGUGAAGAAAGCUUUCUCUUUGAAAUUCUAACCCUUAUUUCUUAAAUAACACUGGUAAAGUUAUUUGGAAUACACACAGUUCCCCAGCAAUUUCUGUAAGUAAUUUGUUGUAUCAUUUUGUGUUUCUGAAAGAAACAUAAAAAAUGCUUGGUAAGUGAUUGAAAUAUGGUGAGGUUUAGUAUUUUCUUUCAGAUUUUGGGUUUGGCUUAAGAACUUUUGACUCCAGAUAAAGAACUGAUAGUUACUCCAACCAAGCUCACACAGCUUAAAAUUCUUUAGGAAUUAGAGAUUUCUUGGCUAGGUAUAGAAUGAGAAAUAAAAGGCAGCUCAGAUGUGUGAAGAAGGAAUAGAUUAGUACCAGCUAGUUCAUCCUGUCUCCUACUGAGUCAGUCAGACACAGAAACAAAUAGCCAGCUGGUUCUUAAUGUAGGACUUUAAUAUAAUUUCCUAUUCUGACAAGCAGAGAGCUUUCUGCUUAGAGCAAAAUCAGUUGGCAGUGAUGCUACUGUAUUAAAUUGCAGGAGUUCUGUCAUAAAAACAUGUCUGAAAUGUGGGAAUAUAUGUGAGGGAAAGGAAAUACAGGAAUUAAUAUGGUAAGGAAUGAAGAUUUCAAGAACGUGGAGUCUAGUAUGUAGUACAGAGAUUCAGUUUGGAGUCAGCCAAACCAAGGCUAGAGUAAAAACAAUAAACAACAUGAAAUGAAAAAAAAGCUGCUAAUCUGUUUGGUCUCUCUCUUAAAUAAACAAAGGUAAUUUAUAUGAAACUUUUGACAGUGGCUUAUUCAGUGCUUUUAUUUGUGGUUCAAAAGUAAGAGCAUAGUCACUUAAAUUGCCAGAAUCAUUGAAUUAAUUUGAAUCUUAAAUUUGAAAUGUAUUCCAUUCCUGAAUAAAUGAAAAUAAUUAAGGUAUAUGAUGAUUUAUUCACUUUACAAGUUUCUGUUAAAUAUAAAUAUAUUGCUAGAAAGUACAUUUCCAGACUACAAAAUCUAGAUAUAAAUAGUGGAAGUCUGAGCUCUCUAGUGAAUUAUAAAGGGAGGAGUGAUUAAGAACUCAUAGGAAGAGGGUAAUACCAAGCAGAAAUGCACACAAACCUAUAAUUCUUCAGUCUCAUUCUUCCCUCCACCUCCUGAGUCUGCCUGUAUGUUAUUGUUUUUUUCUCUGUUUUGGAUUGGGGAUGGGUCUGGAUUUAGGUGUUUUACUUAGAAGGAAGGAAGAGUUGAAGUAGAAGAUGAAAAGAAUUUUUUAAAAUCUCAUCUGUAGCGAAGCUUUCUUUUCUGUACUAGAUAGUGGCUAACGUUUAUUGAUCAUUUGGUAUGUGCCAGACACCUGAUUCUCAUAAAAACUUUAUAAGGGUAGAUUUUAUUUUCAUUUCCAUUUUGGGAAAUUGAGGCUCAGAGGUCAAAUAAUUCUGGCUUCAUACCCCUUGUAAGUGGCAAAGCUUGGCCCUCAAACCAUCUCUGUUUAGCUACAGAGCUCGAACUCUUAACCACUAAUAGGAACCACAUGAGUACUUUUUUGUAGGAUUCUUUAUUCUUAGAAGGGAAUUCUUUAGAACCAAAACAAAAUAGUACCUUUUUAUAACUAAUCUUUUAGGAUAUGGAAAUAGUUCUAUUAUAAUGAGCCUUUCUUUGUAACCAUGUUUUCUCUAGUAAUUUUUUCUUAUUGAGCAAUAUCUCCCAUUUCCAUAUUGAUUUCACAAAUGUACUGCAGUGGACUAGAACUUUAUCUCAGGAUAAUAAAAUCCAUAUUUAAGAAUCCUAACAUUUACUUUGGGAAACAUUCUGGUUUUGUCAUUGAGUUCUCUGUGUAUUUUUCUACCUAUUUUUAAAUGGUCAACUGAAUAGUCAGGUCUUAAAAUUUUGGAUUAGUAUGUUAAGUGAGGUCAUAUAUUAAUUUUCAUUAUAUUUGUGUGUCUCCUGGAUUGAUUCUUUGGGACUAAAAUAUUUAUGUAUUGAUAGUUAUACUCCCUACAUCAUUGUUUCAGUUUAAGCACAGGUAAUGUUGAUGAAUUAACCAAUUUUAAUAGGUAGGAAAAAAACUACAUAAUCUCAUUCAAGCGUUUUUACUUAUUCUGUCUUUGCUACUUGAAUAGUCAUAGAAAUUUAAAACUGUAAGGGAUCUUAAGUUUAUCUGAUCCAGUCCUUUACUUGAUAACCAUGAAAUCUUAAGUGUGUAAGUUCACUUCUCCUGGUUUUGUCCUUUUCCCUUUAUACCACAGUAUCUCAUUUGCUAGUCCAUUGCCACAUCUUUGAAAAUUGACAUCAAGGAAAGUUGACCUUGUUAACUCUGUUUUUUGCUCUGCUCACUUGUAUUUUAUAUCCAGUUGACAAAAAAGCAUUUUGAGCAAAGGGGUAUUUUAGGGAAAUUAAUCUGUACAAUAUGUUUUAGGUAUAAGGAGAGAAUGACUUGGAAAGAAUUUCAUCAUGAAUUUAUUUUCUCAGUCACAUUUAUAUAUGAAAUAAUAAUUGGGCAAUAAAUACAUUAGUUAUGAGAAAAAUAACUGUUAAAACCACAACAACAAAAUCUGUAGGUCUAUUAAAAUUAAAAAAGACUGACAAUACUAAAUGUUGGUGACACUGUGGAGCAACUGAAACUCUCAUAUGUUGUUGGUAGAAGUGUAAAGUAAUCAACUAUUUGGGGGAAAUGUUUGAUGCUUUCUACUAAAGCCACAUUUAUCAUACAUCUACCUUAUAACCCAGCAAUUGCA